AUGGGCGAAGCAUCGAUGGAAAUAUUCACGCGCACGAUCGCCCCAAUCCUCGGGUUCCUCCUCGCAAACGUCAUGUUCUUCGCCUCGGUACCGGAGCUCCAAAAAUACCGCAAAAUGAACGAGUGGGGUUCCUUAAACAGCCACCCGUACCCGAUCGUGGUGUGCAAUUGCAUCGGGUGGAUGAUGUACGGAUCCGUGAUUAAAGACUAUUGGGUGUUCGUGUCAAACUUUCCAGGCUUGCUCGUCUCGGUGUACGCGUUGAUGAUAGCGCUGACGUUAAACGCGCGAAACGAGAAGAAGAGAAAAGAGUUGGAAAAGAUGGUACUGGUAUCUUGCGCGCUUUUAAGUGUAAUGGGGUUUGUCUUGGGCGUGGUCAUGCACGGGGACGAAAAGGAAGGGAAGAAGCGAUUCGCGUCUGGGAUUUUUUGCAACGUCGUCUUGGCGAUAUAUUACGCGUCGCCGUUGUCGGAGAUGCGACAGAUCAUUAUGGAGAGAGACGCGUCGAGUUUGUAUUGGCCGAUGAGCGUGGCGAUUACCGUGAAUGGGUUUUCCUGGGCCGCGUACGGGUUUGCGUUGAAAGAUUGGUUUUUAGUCAGUCCGAAUAUGUUCGGAGGCGUGUUGGGGGUUGUGCAAUUGGCGUUCUUAGCGACGUUUGGUAAGAAGAAUACUAAGAAGAAGAAGAUGAAUAAGAGUAGUAGUAUUAGUAGUGUAAAGAUAGAAUUGGAGGAGCGAGGAGGAGGAGGAUUAGGAGGAGGAGAAGAGGAAGAAGAAGAAGAAAUUAAUAUCGUCGCGAACUUAUCGAGCGAAGAUUUGAUCGUCUCCGGACAACCGAGGUCGUAG